AUGAUCGGCAUUCUUGCCCCCCUUCUCAUAGGGGCUGCUUCUGCAACCUCCUUGAGCAAGACUUGCACAAAGGACUUUAUCAAGUCCAACCUGCCAACAUCUGACGACAAAAUCCCCCUCGGAAUCACUAUCGACGAUAGUUCCAUCACCGCCAAUACGUACCGCAACUACUCAGUCACGGAUGCGACCUUCUGGGAGAAUGUGAACAUCGACUUCUGUGAAGUUUCUUUUGCAUACUCCCACGAUAAUCAGGAUGAUCGAAUCGUCGUGGAGUAUUGGAUGCCCCUUGCUGAAAAUUUCCAAAAUCGAUUCCUCGCCACCGGAGGUGCUGCAUACCAGAUCAGCAAUGGAUCUGGUGGUGCCGACAUGUCAGGCGGUGUUGCCUACGGAGCUGUCACGGGUUUGACUGACGGUGGUCUUCCUUAUUGGGGAAGUACUGACUUUGACGAUGUUGCUAUCGGCGAGAUGACCGCAAUUGGAAAGGUUUUCACCAAAAAUUAUUUCGGGCUCAGCAGCAGCGCAAGUAAGAGAAGCAGUGACAAAGUUUACACAUACUACAUGGGUUGCUCCGAAGGUGGACGCGAAGGUAUGAGUCAGGUUCAGAAGUCCCCUGAUCUCUACGAUGGUAUCAUUGCGGGUGCCCCUGCCAUGCGCUAUGGACAGCAACAAGUGAACCACAUUGCUCCUCCCAUCCAGAUCCAAGCCAUUGGACACUACCCUCCUUCCUGUGUGUUUGAUACCGUUAUCAACGCUACCAUCAACGCCUGUGACAAGCUUGAUGGCAAAGCUGAUGGAGUAGUCUCUCGCACUGAUCUUUGUUUGCUGAAAUUCAAUGUAUCUUCGAUGAUCGGCAAGUCGUAUAGCUGCGCGGCAAGCUCCGAAUCUAGCUUGGGUCUGGGAUACGGAAAGCGCAAAAGAGCUGACAGCUCGACUACUCCCGCGCAGAACGGAACCAUCUCCGCGAAGGAUAUUGAGGUCAUUCAGGAUCUGUUGACCGGUCUGAAAGACUCAAAUGGCGACAGAGUUUACCUGCCAUUCCAGCCAGCUGCUGGCUUUGGUGACACAACCACUUAUGACUCGGAUACCGAUUCGUGGGGCAUUGAAUCUCCAAACUCGAACGGCGAAUGGAUCACCAAGUUCUUGCACUGGCAAAAUGUCAGCUCGCUUGUCAUGACGGAUGUCACCAAUGACAACCUGAAGGCCUGGAUGAUUGAAGGCAUGAACAAGUACAUGGACUCACUCCAGACUACCCUCCCCGAUCUGACUCCAUUCUUGGAUAAUGGUGGCAAACUACUUCACUACCAUGGUGAAGCCGACACCAGUAUCCCCACCACUGGCUCCAUUCGCUACCAUGAGUCUGUUCGCAAGAUCAUGUACCCCAAUCUGUCGUUUGAGGAAGGAAACAAGAAACUCAAUGAGUGGUACCGCCUCUACCUGAUUCCAGGGGCGGCUCACUGUGCUAUCAACUCCGAGCAGCCCAACGCUGGUUUCCCCCGUGAUAACUUCAACCACAUGAUUAAGUGGGUUGAGGAUGAUAUCACCCCCGUAACUAUCAAUGCUACAGUGCAAUCGGGCUCCAAGGAGGGUGAAGUUCAGGAUGUUUGCACCUGGCCGUCGCGUCCUUACUACAAGGACGGCAAGCUGGUCUGCCAGGAGAACGAGUCUUCAGUCAAGGCUAUGCUGUGGGAACUCCCUGCCUACAAGAUGCCUGUAUACUAA